AUAGAAUACAUGUUCUGUUUUAGGCCCCAAAUCAAAUGACAGCGAGUUUGUCAGUUUAAGUAAAGCAAAAAAAAUGGGAUCAGGAGGAACUAACACAAAUACUGAAACAAAGCCUCCGAUACAGCCCCCGCCAGAGUUGCCUACGCCGCCGUAUGAGACCCCAGAUUUUCCCAAAAUCAAUGUUAUAAAGAGCACUAAGUUUAUGGACGACAAUGGAAAAGACAUAAAGCUGUACCCGACCCGCGGCCGGCGGCGCGGCGUGCUGGUAGUGUUCAGCUACAUCGAGUUCCGUGCUCAGCUGGAGACGUACCGGCGAGGAGUCGACGUGGACUGUCAGAUGCUGAAGAACCUCUUCUCCGAGAUCGGCUUCGAGGUCAUCUCCUUCCAGAACCUUACCAGAGAUGAAACCCUCACCUACAUGAAAAACCUCCCCCUAAAAGGCGCCGAAUGCGUGUUCAUAGUGAUCUCGUCCCACGGAUACGGACGCGACGGUUCCUGGGACACGGAUAUCCGAUGCUCGGACGGCGGGUUGAUAUCCGCGCACGCUGUGGUCGACCACUUCAAUAACCAGAACUGUCCCGUGCUUAUUGGAAUACCGAAGGUGUUCAUAUUUCAAAUGUGCCGGGGCGAGAACCGGUACUUGGAGCUGGCGCUGGCGGAGCAGGGCGCGGCGGCGGGGGCGGGGGGAGGCGCGGCCACGGACGGCGCGCCCUACGGCUCGGGCGCCGCGCCGCGCAGCUCCCCCGCCCGCCGCCGCCGCCACCGCGUCUACUCCGACAUACUCAUCGCCCACUCCACUCUCCCCGGGUUCGUGUCCCACCGCGACAUGGACAAGGGCUCGUGGUUCAUCCAGGCGCUGUGCGAGGUGUUCGCGGCGAACGCGCACGAGUGUCACGUGGUCACGCUGUUCACGCUCGUCGACAAGGCGCUGCAGGAGCGCUUCCGCGUUCAGACGUCGGUCGUCGAGAACUGGGGGUUCAACUGCAAGCUGUACUUGCAUCCGGGACUUUUUGAGGACUAGUAUCAUUUGGGACGGCGAAUGUGUUCAAAGUUGUG